CCCCCUCCUUCCCCUCCAUAUCCGGGGUACAGGUUGGGAGCUCUUCCUGUCGGCUGAAACUGCGGGAGGCUCCGCGCGGAGACCGGGAAGGGAGCAGAGGAAAGGCUGCGCUAGGAUGGGAGUGGGGGCGCGGAGGAAGGAGCUCUCUCCCCUACUCAACUAGCGCCUCUUUUAAGAAGAGUGGCCCGUUAACCCAACUGCACAGGCUGCCUUUCCAUCUCUGCCUCUUCCUCAUCCUCUUCCACACGCUGCGAUCGGAUGCCUCGCUCUGGGUCCAAAACUAAGAAUUUGGAUCUUGCUAUGAUGACCUCUGCCAGAUGGUUAACUCUCAGCUAGUACUGCAAUCUUGAGAGUUGUAGCUACCUGUGGAGGCUACCGAAAAGUUGAAACUGCAUCUGGCCGUUGGGUUAGGAUUGGCAUUGGCUUGCCUGGAAGGAUAAUUGUGCUGGAUUUGGAGGAGCUAUGGAAUUUGCUGAGCUUAUCAAGACACCACGGGCUGACAAUGUAGUCCUUCACCGCCCAUUCUAUCCAGCAGUGGAGGGGACCCUGUGCUUAACAGGACACCACCUCAUCUUCUCCUCACGACGGCAAGACAAUGUUGAGGAGCUUUGGCUUUUGCAUUCCAACAUUGAUUCCAUUGAAAAACGUUUUAUUGGCUUCUUGGGCACCAUCAUUAUCAAAUGCAAAGACCUGCGAAUUAUCCAGCUUGACAUUCCUGGCAUGGAGGAAUCUUUGAACAUUGCUAGCUCCAUUGAGGCACUGUCUACUUUGGAUUCCAUCACACUCAUGUAUCCUUUCUUUUAUCGACCCAUGUUUGAAGUAACUGAAGAUGGCUGGCACUCAUUCUUGCCCGAGCGUGAAUUUGAACUUCUCAAUUCACUUACAAAUGAAUGGCGGUUGAGCUACAUCAACAAAGAUUUCUCAGUCUGCUCUUCUUACCCAUCUGUUGUCACUGUCCCUAAAUCAAUUGAUGAUGAAUCUCUACGGAAGGUUGCCACUUUUCGCCAAGGUGGACGCUUCCCAGUACUCAGCUAUUAUCACAAGAAAAAUGGGAUGGUGAUAAUGCGCAGUAGCCAACCACUCACAGGUACUAAUGGGAGGCGUUGCAAAGAGGAUGAGAAGCUGAUCAAUGCCACCCUGAGGGUGGGCAAGCGUGGAUAUAUCAUUGACACACGAUCUCUGAAUGUCGCUCAGCAAGCCCGGGCUAAAGGUGGAGGCUUUGAACAGGAAGUUCAUUAUCCUCAGUGGAGAAGGAUUCACAAAUCCAUUGAGCGAUACAAUAUUCUGCAAGAGAGUCUCAUCAAACUUGUGGAGGCCUGUAAUGACCAGUCUCAUAAUAUGGAUCGCUGGUUAAGUAAGUUAGAGGCUUCAAACUGGCUGACCCACAUCAAGGAAAUCCUAACCACAGCUUGCUUGGCUGCCCAGUGCAUUGAUAGGGAAGGAGCAUCUGUCUUGAUUCAUGGGACAGAAGGCACUGAUUCAACACUACAGGUGACUUCUCUGGCUCAAAUCAUUCUGGAUCCCAGAUGCAGGACCAUUCGUGGCUUUGAAGCUCUGAUUGAGAGAGAGUGGCGUCAGGCUGGUCACCCAUUUCAGCAGCGCUGCGCCCAAUCAGCUUAUUCAAAUAGCAAGCAGAAAUGGGAGGCUCCGGUAUUCCUCCUCUUCUUGGAUUGUGUCUGGCAGAUCCUUCGCCAGUUCCCUUGCUCCUUUGAGUUCAACUCUCAUUUUCUAAUCAUGCUAUUUGAACAUUCUUACGCCUCUCAGUUUGGAACUUUCCUGGGCAGCAAUGAAAAUGAAAGGUCUAAGCUUAAGCUGUCUCAGAAGACAUUGUCCUUGUGGUCCUGGGUGAACCGGCCAGAAGAGCUCAAUCGAUUUAAGAAUCCUCUCUUUGAAGCCAACAGCCUAGUCAUCUGGCCUUCUGUUGCACCACAAAGCCUGCAGCUCUGGGAAGGAGUUUUUCUUCGCUGGAACAGAUCCUCCAAAUUUGUAGACGAAUCCUAUGAAGAAAUGAUCAACAUCAUAAAGUAUAACAAGGAACUCCAAGUGAAAGUCAACAUGCUGAGACGGCAGCUGGCGGAGCUGGAGAUCGAUGACAGGGCCCAGGAUGACGGGAUGCCAGAGAGUCCCUGAAAUCUGGCAGAAUUCAGGGUCAGAUUGUUCCUUCCUGGUUAAGCAAGUCACUUCUACACACUAAGCACUAAACACAUAAGACUUGCAUGCGCUCAAGCUCCUUUUUGGUGCAAUCGGGUUGAACUUUUUUUUUUUUGCUUCAGAGUUCCUCACUUGGCACUGUAGUCAUCCACCACCAUUUAGGAAGGUGGUGCUUGUUUUUGUUUACAUGACCAAAUGUGUAAUUUAGCUGGUUGUUGUCCCUCCCCAUACCCCCAGGGAAGCGUCUCAUCUUUAAUAAAUUGUGUGUUCAGUUACAGUGUCACUCAGGUUUUUAACCAAUACUGAGCAUCAAUGAGGUUUACGAUAAGGGUGCCCUUAGCUUUGCGGAAAUUUUCAUUCUGCAUCUGGCAAAUGCUGUCAGAAGUUUUCAUGGUUUGUAAAAUGUGAUCUUUAAGAUCCCUGUGGUAAGGGGAAGUAUAAAUUCUUCCUUUCUUCCCCAAAACGAACCUUUUUGUUCUUGGUUAAGACACUGUAACUUUGGCUUGGUUAGGGCCUUCAGUCCCAGAUUGAAACAGCAUUUUUCCAUGCUCCUUAUUCCACACCACAACUUGCAGCAAGGAAAAGUAGAAAGUGUCCAAUAAAAAGCAAGGUAUUUUCUCUAGCCUCCGCACUAGGUGACUCAGGCAGUGCUGAUCAUGUCUUCAUUUUUCAUAUCUUAGUUCAACAUGAAGUAGAUUCUGCACAGCUGGUAGGGAGGUGCAUGUUGGAAUGCUGUCCAUAAAGAUGUGGGUACUUCACUAUUUUUGUUUGUUAGCCUAUUUGUGGAAAAGCUACCAUAAUAUUCUAACUUGCCAGAAUCAGAAUAUGUCUGCUGUAGAGGAAAUACACAAGCUUUUCUCAUAUGUAACCAAUUCUGGCAUAAUGUUUUGAUAGUUGUGCUGUAUCACUGAAUCACUUCCCAGUUGGGGAGACUGCAUAGUUCUGCUAAUGUGUUCUCUGGAUAUUUAUGCUAAAACAUGGAUCCAUGUUCCUUAACAAGAAUGCACUAUUAGACAGAAAGUGUGAUUUGGCUGAUGGUUGAUGACAAAUAAUACAUAUAGCACUAACAGCAUGAAACCUAAGUAACUUUGAUCUAUAGGCUGUUACCACUAAGACAAUGAAAUGACCUUGCCCAACAUGGAAGCUUCUUAUUAUUGGCUUUGUGCUAGUCUGCUAAGCUGAAGGUGGGAGGAGAAUUUAAAUGCCAUAUCCAGUUCAUAAUCUGCAGUCAGCUUGGCUUGCAGGUUAAGUCAAUUUGGCCUGGGGGUUGAUAUGUCCUGUUCCCGUGGAACUCAAGCAUAUUCACAAUACCUUUGAAGAGGGAGUAUCUGUGUAUGCAUGCUCACACUUGUUCAACCCUUUGAGACAAGUGUCUAAUAUUGGAUGUACUUGUUAGAGCUGCAUUCUAUUGUAGAGUUUCCUCUGGGUCAAAGGCUUUUGGAGAAUAUUGCUAUGCUCUCAUUUUUUAACAUAAUAUCAACAAGUAAGAGUCCCCUGCUCUUUAUUUUGGUUUGUUUCUCUUGAAUGUUCAGUAACACUUCAUUCUCUUUUCCAUUUAAAAGAGAUCACUGCCUGUUUUUAUUCCAUUUCCUUUAGAUAAUCUGUCUCACUAGACAUGUCUUUCUCCUAUUCCUGAUCCCAGGAACUUACAGCCCUUCUUGAUCUAAUGUGGAAUUGCUUUAAAUUCCCCAUUCUGAUCAGUAGCUUUUUCUUAGAGGCAGUCCUUCCUGAACUAACAAAUUUUAUUCUCUGCCACCCGAUCAACUUAGCUGACACUAUCAGAGGUUCCCCUCCUGCAACUGCAACAUAAUAUAGAUGAUUGCCCAAACAGCAGAACAUUCAGCAUUUUAUUGGGAAUGUGAAAUGCAUUGUCCCUUUUAUUGAAUGUUACUAAAUACUCUGGGGUAGGAACAACUUUUUGUUUUUGUUUUUGUGGGGAGGAUGGCUUGGAAUUGUGGAUAAUUGUGUCUAACCUGCUGAUAACCCCCUUCCGCCUCCCCCCAAAUCCCUUCGGAGGAGCCAGGAAUGUACAGUAUUCAUUUUCUUCAGGGAAUGCUGCUCAGAAUUAGUACUGUCUGUAACUUGUGAUUUUCACUAAGAUACAUUUCUUUCCAAGUAUAGUGAUAUCUUGCUCUGCACACUAGAUUGGAAGCUGCAAGCCUGUUCCAGGAGUUUACAAAUAAUGGUUUGGCUUACCAGACAUUCUGCAUAUGCACUUGCCACUAGAAGGCUGGAGGGACAAAGGUGCAUUUUCAAAUUUGCUUGGGUAUCACACAAAGGCACUCAAGCAGAGGGAAAAUUGGGAGUAGGGAUUUUUCUGUUGCUAUCCUUUUUCUCAGUAGCCAGGACAAUACCCAGUUGAACUGGCUAAGAGAUGUGUGCUAACCUCACCCCACACUUGCCUUUGUGUGACUUUGCAGUUGUUGGAAAUUGUGGCACACUAUAGGGUUGUUUGAUUUAAGGGACUGACUGGAAGUUUUAGGGGGAUGUUACAUCGAUUGAAUUUCCAGGAAAAAGGGUAAAAUAUCAGGGAUGAAGAUUCAGAAUCUUCAUUCUGAGUUCUUUUCUGCUUAGUUUGGCAGUUUUUGCAUGGAUUUCAUUCUGUGUUCAUUAAGCACCACCGUAACCUUUUCAGCAUAAUCAAAUUCUACCCUCAAAUAGACUGCUAAAUGGCACCACUCUAAAAUAUUGGGAUGAACAGACUCCUUCCAUAUCUAUUUAUUUCAAAAUUAUUUUCUUGUUCAGUUUAGCUGUGAUAGAUUUUUGCCUAUGAUAUUUAACCAUGUUCAUUAUUCUUCAAAAAUUGGUUGUAAAGGAUUCAUAAUCUUGAUGGCUAAUUUUUGAUAGUCUGAUAGUUUUUAAAAGGUGUGUUUGAUUAAAGGGAAUUGUAAAUAACAAUAUUUACAAUGCAGUAUUUAUUAUUUGCAUGAAGUAGACAUUAGUAAAAUUGUGUUAAUUUCACUUGUAAAAUAUGCCAUUUCAUGUGGUUUCAUAACAGUCUUAAGAUUGGUUAACAUUUCAGCCUUCUCCAGAAAAUUUUUCAAUUGCAUUUUCAUACUACUAUGAAUUCUGGAACUUUUUUCCUCAUUAAAAAUUCGGUCCUUUAUAACAAUGUAAAGAUGGCCCACUUGGUUUGGCUGCUUGAUUACAACAAAGCAAUCAACCCAAACAUCAAAAUUUCUUGCAAUGGGUGUUACAAAAUUAUGCUGAGGGUUUUUUUAUUCUCCAAAAUGUCUAAAUCUUUUGUCUUUUUCCCUCCUAAUGGCUGCAAAUGAGGCAGAGAGUUGAGGUAAAUUCUGUAUACUAUUAUUGGGAUUGUAUGUAUUAUAAUAGUGAACAUGUGUAGAAAAGAGCAACCUGGUUUAAUUAUUUCUACAGCCAAACAUUUCAUAUGACUAGGAUCUCCUUCCAUUCUCUGUUGGGCUCUGCAGAUCUAAUGAAAUUACUGUGUUGUGCGGAUAGAUGCAAGUUCUUGCCCACCUUAUCAAUUUUCUCUGGGUAGAAUCUGCCUGUUGUAAUUAUUUGAAGUUGCUGCCUCAGCAUUCAUGAAGUCUUCAUUUUUAAAAAUCAAAAUAAAUUUGAGAAGUUACUGUUUUAUUGGAUGGUUAACAUUCUUCUAGCAUCUGAUUGUCUCAUAAUUUAUCCUACAAUAAGUGUCUUACAUGUUGCCUGUUUUUCAGAGUACCAAAUUUGCUGAACAGGAAGCUGAGCCCCCACCCCUCAAAUAACUACCAGUGAAUUGGCAGGCCAGUCAGACUGCCUGAUAAGAAUAAAAGCUGCUGCUGUCUGGGAGUGCCUGACCCUUUUUGUAGCACCUAAACAAGGGUUACCUCUGCCCUCACCUCAUCACUUCCCUUCCCUCCUCUUCCUUCCCCUUCCCUCCCUGUUUCUCCUAGAAGGAAGAAGGGAAAAGGGAAAUGUAUAUGUGCUUCCAUGUUUUUGCAUGGGAGAAAAGAAUAAUUGGUAGAUGCUUAUGGAAGAACAACUAAUGUUAUGACUAGAGAUUAUGAAUUUACAGGCAAUAUUAAUUAGUUAUCUAUUUUUUUUGUCCUGGCCUAACCUUUUGGAGGGGGGUGGGUGGGUAGAUGGAUAGAUAGAUCUACAUUUAUACAUACUUGCAUAAGUGUAACACAUUUACAUAUUUAUUAUGGGGAGGGAAAAUGGAUGGAUGGAUGGAUGGAUGGAUGGAUGGAUGGAUGGAUGGAUGGAUAUAGAUUUCUGCUACUCUCCCUUUGGCAGUGGGAUGUUUUUAUAUUCAGAGUCAUCUUCCAUUCAGAUAAAUAUGGUACAAUUCACAAAGGAGUGGUUUAGCAUUUGAGGAUACCAGUUCUACCCUUUAAUUCAUCUACUUAAGAGAAAUCCUCCUGGUCUUCACUUAUGACCAUAUGGCCAAGAAUAUGUUAGUUUUAUGCAUCCCCUUUUCAGUGAUUGAAAACAGAAAUCAGUCAGGCCAAAGAAAUUUCAGAAUUCAAAAAUUUAUGAAAUGUCCACCAAGUGAAUUACUGGUUCCACUCUAUAGCCCUGCUGGGCUUCUAGAACAAUAUUAAUGAGAUUAAUUAAUGAGAGAACAGAAAGCUGAGCAUCCCUUUCAUUUUGUGCCCCUCCAUUUAUCCUGUUGAGGAGGCUCUUUGAUGGGUAUGCUUAAACGUGAAAACAGCACUGGGCUGUUUACAGAUAUGAGUCUUCUCAGUGAAGAAUACAGAAAGUCAGUUAACCUGACAAUUAUAAUGCCUCUUGAUUUUAUGUUGAACAUCGCACAUUUCUGAUUGUAUCCUGAUUUAUUCCCUCACUCCCAUAAAUCCAUGUUGCCUUGUCCUAUGACUUGGAUGCCUGAUACAUUGACUCUGCACUCCAGCAAAAUGUAUUUAUUUGAUUUAUUUAUUAAAUUUGUCCCCCGCCCAUCUCCCAGCUCUACAAUUGUCUUCAUAGAUUGCCAAGAAUAACAUGCAUGUAUUGUAUAUUUAUUUACUUUACAGUUUCCACAGCCCACACAAAAUAAUUUGAGUGGGUUACAACAUAUUAGAAAUUAUAAAAACCACAAUAACAAUAUAUAAUUUCUGACCCAAGAUGUCAAUAAUAUUUAACUAGAGUUGAAGGCUUGGUGCAUAACACUGCCUUCAAUAAUGCUCUAAAUGCCAUGCAAGGGAGGGGGGAUUUGCAUAUUAGUGAACAUACAGAACUGAAUAUUGCGGUUUUGAGGCCAACUAUCGUCUGAUUAUUUUUGGGAUUGUAUGUUUGCUUGAAUGUGACAGUCUGCUUUUAAGUGCACUAUUGUCUGCAUUGUCUAUGUCAUAUUUAACUGGUACCUUGGCAUCUUGACAUUUUCUUAAGACUUUCAAAAGAAGGUAAGAAAAGUGCUUUUCCUAUAAAACUGUUGUAUAUUUUCAGACUUUUGUAUAGUGAAGUAUUAUCAUCUAUAAUGUCCUGUUGCACUCCAUAUCCAUUAACUAUUAACAAAUAAUGUGGUCACUGCAUCUUGGUCCUAUAUCUGGAUUUGCUGCUGCUUUGAAGUUUAAUUUUUAAGUGAGCCAAUUCAGAAGCAUUCUCGGAACCUUUGUGGUGAUCUGUUGGAGAACAUUUGCCAUUGCUGUAUCAAAAUCCUAAAUAUUGCUACAUAGCCUUUAUCAGAAAAAUCAAUAAACUUGAGGAAAAAUGUGCUUGAAGUUUAUUAAUCUGUGCUAGACAUAUUGCACUGAAAAACAGUUGUAAACCCAGUUUUUAUAUUUGCUGGGCUAGUAUAAACUCAGUUAAAAUCUUUUAGAAUUGUGUAUUUACUCCAGUUGAAUCUUGUCAAUGUUUUCAAUUUAUUUACUUUGUGAACUGAGUGAGGGAUUCUUACAGAAACUACUACAUGCAUAGAAAUUAAAUUGAAGCUUGUAAAACUGUUUGAGAACGCCCCUUUCAAAAUGCUCUAUGUUCUGGGUACAUCCAAUAAAGGACAAAUCAUUGCAUUAAUUAACUUUACAACUGGAUUUAUCUGGAUUGCUGGGAAGAGAAUCAGUGUCUCUGUUCAGGUCUAACAGAUUCUGCUAAGAUUCUAGUGUAACAGAGUGGCUUCAGAAGCUUGAGCAAUGAACAAAAGACCUGAAUUUAAAUAUUGCCACGUCCUAAAUUAAACAAUUGGCCUUGGGGCAUGGGUGGGCAUCUGGCUGCAGACACAACCCUCCCACCCAAGCUCCAUUUAGGUUUAAAGCAAUGUUGUCCAAACUUGGCCACUUUGGCCAAGCUGGCUGGGGAAUUCUGGGAGUUGAAGUCCACUCAUCUUAAAGUGGCCAAGUUUGGACAACACUGCUUUAAAGCAUCCAUUUCACCCUUUAACCUCCCCCAAAACAGGCUGAAAAUUUAAUUCCCAGUCACUCCCAUCAUGUCAUCAGCCAUCCCUCUUGCAGUACCUAGGCAGAAAACAGGCAAAAUAUGACCUCCUAAAUUAAAAAAGAUUGUCUACACCCAUCCUAGCCUCGGUUGCCCUACCUGCAAUAAAAAUGAAAGAGAACUGAUUAAUUGUAUGAUACUGUGAAGACAGCCACAGGAUAAUGUCUGUAAAACACCUAUUUUAUUUUAUUUUAAAAUGUGUGUGUGUGUGUGUGUGUAUCACAUUUGUAUAGCAUUUACAGUUCUUAAAAAUGCCACAGGGAUGUUACAUCAACAGCUAUUACGGAAUUAUUCUGGCUAGAUUUUAGUUUACUGUUGGAGUUCAGCUGGACAUGGCCAAUAUCAACAUCUGUAUACCUGACUUUUUUCCUCAUAAUAUCUAGAAUAACUUAUUUAUUAGUUACACUUUUAAAUGACCAUAAUUUUGCAACACUUGUCAGCUUACAAGGAAAAACAUCCAUCGCACAUAAAUGCUAAAAUAAUUUUUUUUUAAUCUUAACAUUUAUUUAAAUUUCUUAAAACCGGAGCGCAUAAACAAUCUGCAGUGCUAUCUUAACUAAUAACGAAAGCCCUUUUGAAGAGCCCCGUUUAAACCUGUUUACGAAAGGUCAAUGAGGCUGGAGCAAGCCUGAUCUCUGGUGGUGAAUGUUCCACACCAAGAGCCCCUUAAUGGAAGAGCCUCUUCUUCUAGUCCAGCCCCCCCCCCCCCGUGGGACACCAGUAGUGGGGCACUAUCAACAUUUUUUCCUGAGUUGUUGGUCAGAUGACUUGACUGACUGACGGAAGUGGUCCUGCGCGUACCACAGUGCCAAUACACUGUUGGUAUAAAUAAAAACCAGCAUUUUAAAUUGCUCUUGGAGGAUUACUGGCAGCCAACAGAGGGUUUUCUCCCCAGGCACAAUACAUUUGUGGCACCUAAUAUUAGUUAACACACGAGCUGCUGCAUUUUGUACCAACUACAGUGUCCAAAUACCCUUAAAGGCAGUCCCAUGUAGAUCGCAUUGCAAUGGUCCAAUCUGAUGGUAAUAAGAGCAUCUGUUACUGUUUUAGGUCCUCCUGCUCCAGCUAGGGCUGAAACUGGUACACUGUCUGGAACUGGUCAAAGGCCGUCUGGUCAUAGCUUCCACCUGCCCAUCCAGCAGCGACUGAGAAUCCAGCAGGCCCUCCCUAUCACAGACAUACUUUCUCAGAAGUGCCAUUGCCUCAAGAGGCACUACAGGAGCUGAAGAGAAGCUUGAUGUACAAACAGCAGCUUUGCUUUGCUUGGGCUCAACUUAAGUCUGUUUCUUCCCAUCCUGACCCUAACAGACUCUGGAUGCUGGGACAACUUGCACAUAAUAUGAUGGCAUCAUAUCCAUAAGCACUGCUAUCUCCAGGUAGACUAAAAAAAAGUUGCCAGUCAUUGUAGACCAACCUUCCCAAUCUGAAUCUCACAAUAUACUGUAGUUUGACUGUUGUCAUCCCUGGCCGUGUAAAAAUACGUCAGCUGUAUCUGGCAGGAGUUGUAGUACAAAAUAUCUAAAUUUUAGAGGAAGUAUAUUAGGAAAGACGGAUGAAGACAACAUUGAAUCAGUUGUCUGGUUGUAUUCAAGGCAACCUCUUAUGCUCGUAAUUCCAUUUUACAAUAUUUGAUGUAUUGAUUCACUUAAGGCUGGCUGCUUGGCAAAGUUUUCUGGUACCUAAAAUACAAUUUAAUGGACUAGUUUGGUCUAGUGGUUAAGGCACCAGGCUAGAA